AUGUCAUCAAAAGCUCCCUCUCCGCCCCUGCUCAACGGAACCCUCAGCUUCCCUGUGAUUCCUCUGAUCAGAGAUGCUCUUGAACACUGCAAGCGAGUCACCAGUCCUACCACCGUCAACUCCAGUAUCCGCAGUGCAUAUUUUGCUGUCUUGAUUUCUCAAAAGCUACCAAAGGAAAGUGAGCCCCUGGACGUCGAACUCAUCGUCUACUCUGCGAUCAUGCAUGACUUAGGCUGGGCAGUUGACAAGUCACUGCUUUCCAAGGAUAAGCGCUUCGAAGUUGACAGCGCCAACAUGGCCCGCACACAUCUUAAGGAGAACCAACUUGCCAACAACUGGGACAAACACCGCAUUCGACUUGCCUGGGAUGCGAUUGCGCUUCACACAACGCCCUCUUUCGCUCAGCACAAAGAGCCCGAAGUCAUGCUCUCAAGCAUGGGCAUCCUGGCCGAUUUCCAAGGACCUUUCAUCUCAAAUGAUUUGAUCACUGUCGAUGAAUACAGGGAGGUUGUUAGGGCCUUUCCUCGCUUGGGCUUCAAGGACCAGUUCCUCGAUAUUAUUUGUGUUCUCUCUGCUCUGAAGCCAGGGACAACGUACGACAAUUUUGUGAACGACUUUGGUUGUGAAUUUGGAACCGGCGGAAAGGGUGCCGGCAAAGAGGAGUUUGCAAAGCAUCGAAUUGCGAGCACAUUUCCUCACACUCUGCUUUCCUCCCUCAUUGCUACCGAAAAAUAUGACGACUGA